GUUUCAUAAGUUCUCUAGAUUUCUGGCUUCAUAAAUUCAUUUCAGGUUGUUCUCAACUUUCGUGGUAGAUCUUUAUAAAUGUGUAAAGAAGCCAUUGAACAAAGAGAUGGAAAAGUAUUAAAUAUUUUUUGUAGAACAUUAUCGCAAAAAUGCAGAGCACAUAAUUACUAAUAGAUCGCGUAAUACUGUUCUCUCAGGUUGUAUAGAAAUUGUAUGAAAACUGUACAUUGUAUACAUUUGAAAAAUACAAUAUUUUUUCGAAGAAGCUCCACUGCAUUCAUCUGGGCAUCACUGCUAACCAUUGUUUUACCAUCGUGGCAUGUUUUCGCGGUACACAAAAGAUCCGAAGGUUGAGAACCUCCCAUUUUUUAAACAAUGACAGAAUACUUUGAUUUACCGCUUAAUAUGGACAGAAUAUGUAGAAUUUGUCUUACAGAGGGUACGAAUUUAUCUCCUAUUUUUUCUACGGAUCAGGAAGUAAAUGAUUUUUCUGAUCUUCCACAAAAAAUACAAGUUUGCGGAUCAAUAGAAAUUCACGAACAAGAUGGAUUACCUUCAUUAAUUUGUGAUAUUUGUAUUUAUAAAGCAAGCGUUGCUCAUGAGUUUAGGCAACAGUGUCAACAUUCUGAUGCCAAAUUAAGAAUGUAUUAUAAUAAACCAACAAAAGUUACUAUUGUGGAUACAUGUACACAGACAGAAUCAGAAAUAACAACAGCGUUAUCAAAAGAACAAGUUAGCGAAGAAGAUUAUUUUGUAAAGGAAGAGAUGCAAGGAGCAUCAAAUUCUCAAGAGUUUAUACAGACUAAUGAUGCAUAUUGCAGAAAUGAAUCUACUUUAAAUACUGGCCAAAUUGAAAUGCAGGGUGAAAAACUUUUCAUAUGUUCUAUUGGAUUUGAAGGAACUAAAGAAACUGAAAAGGAAGCUGGCACUUCAGAAAAUGAUAUACAUCAAACUUGUGUUACACAAGAAAGUACUGAUGAUGUUUCUGAAACCAUAGAUAUGGAAAAUAAAUCCGAAGACAUUCAAGAUACAAGUCAGAUCAUGGAAGAAGAUAACAAGAAAGAAGAGGAUAAAUUUCUUGAUGAAAGUAUAUCAAAUGAUGACGUUAAAGAGGAAGAAGUUCUACAGAAACGUACAUCAAGCAGAAAAGUUAAAUCAGUGCCUAAUAAAACUUACAGCGAAGAUGAGAUCGAUGACAGUUAUUACGAUUUAAGUAAUGAUGGUCAAGAUUCUGGGGAUUCAAAAUUUAAGUGCAAAGUAUGCUCAAAAUGUUUUAGUACACAAAGAGGUUUAAAAAAACAUUCCCUUGUUCAUGAGAAAAAACAUAAAUGCAAUAUAUGUUCAAAAAUGUUUUACAAGCAAGAGAACAUGGAGAAUCAUAAAAAAAUACAUGCGUCCAAACCUCUUGCUUGUCAGUUAUGUCAUGCAUGCUUUUCUAAGCCUCAGAGCCUUGUACGCCAUUUAAAAUCUCAUACAGAAAAAGUAAAUGACAUGAUCAAACAAAUUAAUACAGAUGAACAGAAGGAUAGUAAAGAACCAAAAAAAGAAAUGAAACUUGAAGACGAUACAGAUGACGAAAGUGGUACUGUAAAUGAAGUUUAUAAUUUUGAAAAUGCACCUGAACUGUACAAAUGUGAAAUUUGUAGUCAGUAUUGUUCUUCUUUAAAGAAUUUAAAACGACAUACUCUGGUACAUGGUGAUAAAAAAUAUUCUUGCACUGUAUGUAAAAAAUGGUUCUUUAGGCCAGAUACCUUAAAAAAGCAUGCAGAAAAACAUGGACAUGGGUUAUUGGAUAAUUUAGUUGACAAUAACAAAUUCUUUGAUUCCGAUGAUGACUCUUGUCCAAAUACUACAACAAAUAAUGCGCAAGAGAGUGAAAGUGUUAAAAAAGAAGAAAGUGACGAAGAUGGUUCCGGUGAAUAUAAAUGCCAACAUUGUGAUAAAAUCAUGGCUACAAAAAAAGGUCUUAGGCGUCAUGUAUCUACACAUAAGCCAAAAGCUGAACCAGUUACUUGUGAAAUUUGUGGAAAGAUUUGUGCUAGUCAAGCUCGCCUUGUUCUUCAUCAAAGGACACAUGUACCAAAAGAGAAAGUUCCACGAGAAUACUUGUGUCACAUUUGUAGUAAAGUGUAUCCAAGUAACUCUUCCCUAACGUAUCAUAUGAGAACUCAUACUGGUAUUAAACCACAUGUUUGUAAAACUUGCAAUAGUGGAUUUACUACAACAACCAGUUUAGCAAAUCAUAUUAGAAUCCAUACCGGUGAUAAACCAUUUGUUUGUCAUGUAUGUAGUGCAGCAUUUGCUGUAAGUUCAGCUUUUAGACGACAUUUAACUCGUCAUACGGGAGAAGCAAACUAUCUGUGUAAAACGUGUGGUAAAGCAUUUAAAAGACUAAGUACUUUAAAAGAACAUACUUACACUCAUUCAGGUGAAAAACCAUAUGUAUGUAAAACAUGCGGAGCAGCAUAUAGUCAUAGUGGUAGCUUAUUUGCUCAUCAAAAACGUUGUCGAGCUCAGUAUGGAGAAAUAGUUGUAGAUGAGCAUCAUCAUUCAGUUGCUCAUCAUAUUCAUGUAAAUAAUGUGCAAUCUGCAGUACGAUCACUUGCUGUGAUAGGACAAAUGUUUUAAAAAAUAAGAUUUAUUCUAUCAAGAAUAUGUAUGUAUGUACCUCUGCUAAUGUAUACAUAAAUAUAUAUAUGUAUACAUUUAUACAAAUAUGUAUACAUGCUAGAUAAGCACAAAACAAUGAAAUGUGCUACAAUUCUUAUACUAUAUAAUGUAGAAACUAUACCCUUGUGUAAAUAUAUGACUUUUCCCUUUUUUUUUUUAAAUCGUUAUUUAAAUA